CCCUCCGCCAGGCGGUGACGCCAUUUUUUUGUGUGGAUUUUUUUUAAAAAAGAGAGAGAGCUCGGGAGGAGAAAAGAAGCGGAGAACGAGGGAAGGAGCGGCCAGAGACUGAGAGGCAUAGAGGCGACAUAUCUACUCGUCACCCUCCCCAACUCCCCCACUCCCCUCUCCGGAAUCACUACCGUGAGCCAUGGCGGAUAUAGACAAGCUGAAUAUAGAUAGUAUUAUUCAGAGGUUGUUGGAAGUGCGAGGUUCUAAACCAGGAAAAAAUGUACAGCUGCAAGAGAAUGAAAUCAGAGGCUUGUGCCUCAAGUCUCGUGAAAUCUUCCUCAGUCAACCUAUUCUUCUGGAACUUGAAGCUCCAUUAAAAAUAUGUGGUGAUAUUCAUGGCCAAUAUUAUGAUUUACUUCGGUUGUUUGAAUAUGGAGGAUUCCCACCAGAAAGCAACUAUCUCUUUCUGGGAGAUUAUGUGGACAGGGGAAAACAGUCUUUGGAAACUAUCUGUCUGUUGUUGGCAUACAAAAUUAAGUAUCCGGAGAAUUUUUUCCUUCUGCGUGGAAACCAUGAAUGUGCCAGUAUAAACAGAAUAUAUGGAUUCUAUGAUGAAUGUAAAAGGAGGUACAAUAUUAAAUUGUGGAAGACUUUUACAGACUGUUUCAACUGCUUACCUAUUGCUGCCAUUGUGGAUGAAAAGAUAUUUUGCUGUCAUGGAGGCUUGUCACCUGAUCUUCAGUCGAUGGAACAAAUCAGACGAAUCAUGCGACCCACUGAUGUGCCUGAUCAAGGGCUUCUCUGUGAUCUCUUGUGGUCUGACCCAGACAAAGAUGUAUUGGGAUGGGGUGAAAAUGAUCGAGGUGUCUCAUUCACAUUUGGAGCAGAAGUAGUUGCAAAAUUCCUUCAUAAACAUGACCUGGAUCUGAUCUGUAGAGCCCACCAGGUUGUAGAAGAUGGAUAUGAAUUCUUUGCCAAAAGACAGUUGGUGACUUUGUUCUCUGCACCCAAUUAUUGUGGGGAGUUUGAUAAUGCAGGUGCUAUGAUGAGUGUGGAUGAAACCUUGAUGUGUUCUUUUCAGAUUUUGAAACCAGCAGAGAAAAAGAAACCUAAUACAAGCCGACCUGUAACGCCACCAAGGAGCAUGAUCACAAAACAAGCCAAGAAAUAAAACCAGGAACUCUGGCAUUGCCUGUUUGGACUUGUAUUAUAACAGUUUGUCUCCAUUUUUAACUUUUUUUUUCUUUUAUGUAAAGUGUAUCUGUCAGCUUGCUUGAAUUAGAUUACUAUUUGUUGACUUGUGGUUUAUCUGCUGUGAUAUACAGAACCAUGGUUGCUGUCUCUGAACAGCAAACAUGUCUUCUCCCCCACCUCUCAAGAUGGAAGAAUAUAAAAUAGUACUGUAGCUGUUUAAUUUGCAUCAGGGCUCCUGAUUGUUAGCACUAGCUGCUAGCAAUAAUGUGCUUAACUGCUAUUCCUCAGCAGGUUUCAAUGUAGGUCAGGGGAGGGGGUUGGUGGGGAAAUAGAAAUGACUUGUAGUUGACAGAAUUUUGACAUUUUGGUACAGUUCACAAAAGUGAUAUAAAUGCCUUGUGAUGACCGUUGUUUUCCUUUUUUUAUUUUUUUAAGACCUGAAGAGGUGAUGCUUGUGAGCUGGUAACUGACCUUUGGGGGGGUUGGGGGGCAAAAUCUCACUGACGUGUAGGAAGUGGCAUACUGUUUAUAAAACCUCAAAGUUAUAGUUCAAAAAAGAUUUUGUACUUUCUCAUGUUUUUAUUUAGAGGAAUGCAUCUGCUUUUUUCCAGUCUACAUGUCUGUUGUGUAAACAACUGUUGUAUAGAUGUCAUGAUUUAGAAGGAUCUGCCCCUCCACUCUGCCAGCAUCACAGAGAAUGACGUAAAUUUGAUUAAGCACACUUCCUGUACUGUAUAUUUUAAAUGAUGAAAUAAAGCCAUUAUUUUA